GGGGAGGUGGGGCCUGGCGGCGGCGGGCACCGAGCCGCCCUGGCACCGCUGAGGGGUCGGGAGGAGUCGGCUCUGGCUCAGGAAGCUCUGCAGAACCUCACGGGCUGCGUGUCGGCGUUUGCUCAAAAUCAGCGCCGAUAUUUCUGAGUUACAAACACCUCGCCGCUUGUAUUUUCCCAUCCGUGCCCCUUUCUGCCGCUGCGUGGCCGUGUAAGGGCCGCGCUGUGCUGUGCGAUCCAUGGGUGACAGCGCUCCCGCAGCGCAGUUACAGCUCGCUAAUAUUUUUUUUUUAUCGAGAGCAGACUUCUAAUGAGGUUAUGAAACGAGCCCGUGUCGCAGCUAAGUCCCACCCAUUUGCUGUGCUGCCGAGAUAGGCCACCCAUGAUUGCAUCCUGGGGAUUGGGGGUGACUGAUGCAGCCCCCGUCCCCUGCUCAGUGACACUCCCAGCCUCAGCCGUAGCUGUCAGCUAUGACAACCUCCAAGUUUUGCAGGCUUCUGGCCUCUAGAAAAUGAAGAAAGCCCUGGUUUUUUUUCUUCUUUUCUUUAUCCCACAAAGCUCUGCCAGAGGGAUGUGUGUGUCUGUGAUAACUUCCUUCCAAUUCUGGCAUUUUCAGCCCUACCCAGAGGAGAUAGUGAGGUAAUGUCUUACCUGGGACUGAGAUAUGGAAAAGAGCAAUGUGGUGAAUUCUGUACAAGAAACCCCUUUGUGCUCUGCAGACUCUGAUGGCAGAAACACCCAGAGCUGUGUCUGCAACUUGAAUUCUAACAGACAUCCCUCAUCCAACCCCAGUGGAGUUUCUGGUUACUCAGGGAAUACCAGGUCCUCAUUAAAGCCUGGUUCUGUUGAGCUGCUUGCCUCCUUUAUGCAAGAUAUCCAGAACAUUGGACAUGCUAACUCAGAAAUUGUGAGGAACUGUGAGACAAGGUGGAUACAGCUACUGAGACUGGUAGAAAAACAAUGCCAGGAACAAAUAAAUGCCCAGCAAGAGCAGUUCCACCACCAAAUCCAAGAUCUGAUGGGAGUUGUGCCUUUUCCUCCCCCCGUGCAGCUGAUUCAGGAUGAGCUAAAGCAGCUGGUGAGGUUACAGAGCAGCAGCACCCGGGCCGGGAGCGGGGCUGUGCCCUCCCUGCCGGGCCCCAUGGGGAUGUGCUCGGAGGCGUUCGAGGAGCAGGAGAGCCUGGGGAGCCGCCUGGGAUCCGGAGAGGGGGAGAGCCCGGCCGAGGCCUCGGGGCUGCAGCGGGAAUGCGCGGGCACGGAGGGCUCCGUGAGCAGCGAGCCCUCCGCCAACAGCGGCUACGGCUCCCUGUCCACGGCGGAGCUGAGCCCUGCCCCGGCCGCGCCCUGCUCGGCCCAGCCUCCCCCCGCGCCGGGGCUGCACGGGGGCCGCCUUCAGAACCAAGGAGAACUCCCAGCAACAAACACACAGGAGAAUCCUUCACCAGGAAGGAGAGAGAGCUUGGUUUUUCCUACUGGGUUGGAGCAUAAAGGUGAUGAAGAGCAUCAAUGUGGGAAAAAAGCCAAUAAAUCUUUAACGUCAUGGGCACAAAAGCUGAAACAAACCCAACCAAAAAGAGUAACUGCAGAUGAAGGAUGUGUGAACUCUAUGCAAGAAAAUGAGAGAGUGAAGAGAUUACCACUUGAGAAUACAAACCUUACUGAUGCUGCUUUGCCACCAUACACUUUUUACCUCAAUCAACCCAAGGAAAGUCCAAAUUCUGUAGUGUCAGAAGCUUCAGGACUUUCAUACUGGAAGUUAGAUGAAAAGGAGAUGUAUCACACUUUACCAGAGAAUUUUGGAAGUGACUUGCCUGAUGUCUUCUCCACAAAAGUAUCACCAGUUCAGUUGUCUUCUGCUGAUGAAAGGAAGUUGUCAUCACUGAAGGAUAUUUAUCAUAAAAGACAAAGGGAAAACCAGCAGCUGCCAGACCAGAGUUUUACGCCUUCUUCCCAGCCAAGCCACCCACCAGAGAUCUUGACGUUGGACCCGACCCUGCAUAUGAAGCCAGGCCAGCAGAACCAGGGACUCUGUUUUUUCAGGACUCCUGCAGACUCUGCUCCCUUUUCUCCAGACUCUAUGGCAGAGCCCGGAUUUCCAAGUCAUUGUGACACAGACUCUUUUUCACAGACAAGUCAUUCACCUCAGCUGGAUGAUUCUCCAACACACCCUGCCAGCAGCAGGGCUGUGCACUUGGACCUAUGGAGAAAUCACCCAUUCCAGAGUGAAAACAGGGCCAGGUCUCCCUUCCCAGUGGCUCACAGGGAUGCUGACAAUGAUCAUUCUGUCAACGCUGAGGAGGAGGAAACUCUGACUCUAACUCCAUCUUCUCUUACUCAGUGUGCUGACAGCACUUUGCCAGAUUACAGCCUUUCAGUGGCAUCUCUUGAAGAUCCUGUGGUAAUGUCUAAGAUUAGGCAGAGCCUGAGGGAAAAGCACGCCCGACACAUCGCUGAUCUACGAGCUUACUAUGACUGUGAGAUCCAGAGCUUGAAACAGCAGCUGGAGUCCAGCCACAGAACUGCUGCAUCUGAGGAGCUGAAGCAAAUCAAUCAGAGCCUUGCUGACAGGUGUGACCAGUUAGAUUCAGCUCUGAAUGAAGCAAGUGCUCACAUAAAAGCCCUUGAAAGUAAGAAUAAUCAACUAGAAAAGCAAGUGGCAGAUUGGAGGGAGCGUUUCUAUGCCCUCAGUGACAAUUCCAAGGCGCUGCAGGAGCGGCUGGAGGAGAUGCGCACGAGCCACAAGGAGAAGGACAACACCAUCAGCCGCCUGCAGUCCCGCCUCAGGGAGCUGGAGGAGGCCUUUGAGAAGGCUUACAAGUUAUCUGACAAUAAAAACACAAGGCUCCAGGAAGAAAACAAAAUGUUUCAAAAUCUCUUAGGAGAAUACGAAUCCCUUGGAAAAGAACAUGAAAGAGUAAAGGAUUCAUUAAAUACAACUGAAAACAAAUUGCUGGAUGCCAACACAGAGAUUUCUGAUUUGAAAAGGACAAUUUUAAAACUUGAAGCUCAGCUCAAGCAGGUGGAACACGAAAAUGCCCUGAAACUUCGCCAUAUAAGUGAAAAUCGUUUAAGAACCUCUUGUGCCAACAAGUUGGGAACUCCUGAUGUCAGCAGGAGAAAGUGGUUGAUACCAGGAGCUGAAUAUUCCAUUUUCACUGGGCAGCCUUUGGAGGGCCAGGAGAGCCCCAAAGACAACAGGCUGGAAGAAACCUACAUUCCUUCUAGGCACCAUUCUCCUCCUGAGAAAGACUCCUCACAGGAAGACUCUUCAACCAACACAAUAGGAAAGAAAGAAAAUGAGAUGUCUGAAGCACCAAUUAUAAAAGCCUUUAAAGAACUUGAAGAAGGAAAAACCCUUAAAGAUUGGGGUACACAGACAGAAAAAGAAGAUGCACCAGCUAAACCAUCAACUCGACGUCAGACCGUGGGGUUUGUUGAACCUUCUGUGGUUGCAAGCAGAUCUCCAGAGAAAGGGAGAGACCAGCACAGACCCAAACGGUUCAGCUCCCCCUCUGGCCAGAGGUCAUCGUCCCUUCCUCCUGCCAACAGGAAAUCCAGCACUCCCACAAGAAGAGAGAUAAUGUUGGCACCAGUGUCUGUGACAUACAGCCCAAAACGAUCUCCAAAGGAAAACCUCUCUCCUGGAUUCAGCCAUUUGCUCAGCAGAAAUGAAAACUCAGUGACAAGGUUUGAUAUACUUCUAGAUGACCUGGAAACUGGUGCUGCUUCUACUUUACAGCACAACAAUCCAAGGAAAAGGCUCCAGUUUCAGUCACUAGAUGAUGUAGAAGGAAGGCAGCAUUCAGGUGUCAGGCAGAGCCCCUGUACUGAAUCUGUCAGUAAUGGAAUGAAGAAAGCAGCAGCAGCUUGGGAGGAGAGGAGCCAGAGACACGAGGCCGUGCAAUCACCUUGUGAGGAAGACUUCAAGUACACAGCAAGGAUUCCCACUCUGGCUGAAACUGAGAGGCUUUUUGAUGAGCUGACUCACGAAAAGCAACAGAUUGAGGCUGCACUCAGCCGAAUCCCUUGUUCUGGUGGAAGAAUGACCUUGCAAGCAAGACUAAAUCAGGAAGCCCUGGAAGAUCGUUUGGAAAGAAUUAACAGAGAUUUGGGGUUAAUACGAAUGACUCUGAAAAGAUUUCAUGUUUUGAGAACCUCUGCAAAUCUUUGACAGUUCUUGACUGCAAAUAUAGUUUUUUUUUUUGCACUAAUAUAUAAUGAUGCACUCAGUAAAUGCAAAUUGUUUUGUAUUUUUAUAAACCCUGAAAAGUAGUUUUGCAACCAUGUUACCCUUUACAAACAGCAAUAUUUUGUACUUCAAACAGCCACCUCUAUUUUAAACGUAUUUUGUUACACCUGAGAAAUCAAUGUUUAUCCUGUAUUGUAAUAUUUUUAGAAAUAUUAAUUAUUUUUAAAUAGUGAUAUUCAAUUUAUAAUAAGAAACUAAAAGGCAGCUUGUUUUCAGAAAAAAAAAAUGGUAGUGUUACCCUUUUGCACUUGGUUUUCCUCCACCAUUUUAUAAAUAUUUAUGGUGUGAUGUAAAUACCUCCUUAGCCAAGAGGAGAUUUUGGACUUUAAUACAAAAAGCAACAUGAGUUACCUGUGCUGGAGAGAACCACUGUUGUGUGGUAAAUCCUUUUCAUUUAAACCUUUACCAUGGGUGUUUGUCCUUGGGACAGAACUGUGAGCAACACUUGCACUGUGGCUGCCUGGGGCGGGCACAUCCUUCUCUGGUGGAUGUGAAGCCUCCCAGCAGUCCCAGGAGGGGUGUUUUGAUACUGUGAGUGCCAGGAUCCACCUGGCAGCAGCCUCCUGCCUCCCAGGGAACAGCUCAGCUCCAGCUGACACUCCAGGACUGGAACUCCUUCCCUGAAGUUACUGGUUCCCUGUGCCAGGCUGGGUUUUGUGCCAGUGUUCUGUUCGUGUACAUUUCAUGUCUUUGUGAACAGAAAUUAAUUUUUCUUGGUGAAAAAAAUGCGUAUUUGCCAGUUGACAUGUUGUUGCAUUACUGUCCAACAUUGAUAUUUUGGUUUGUAUUUUAAUAUUAAAUAAAUGUUUAAUUAGA